AUGUCAUCGGGUCAGGGAUCCGUUUACUCUGAGUAUGAGACUGACACCAGCCAGACAUCAAAGCUGUUAAGAAAGUUUAAAGAGACACCAUUUGUACCCAUCGGGAUGGCUGGCUUCGCCGUGGUGGUUGGCUAUGGGCUGUACAAACUGAAGCACAGAGGCGACAUGAAAAUGUCACUUCACCUGAUUCACAUGCGUGUGGCAGCCCAGGGCUUCGUCGUGGGAGCGAUAACGUGUGGUGUGCUGUAUUCAAUGUUUCAGGAGUACGUGGUGAAGCCCAAGGAGUAA